GGAAGAGGUCAAGGAAAGGAUUCUCGAGCGCUUGCGCACCCGAGACGCCGCCAGAUGUGCUCUACUCUCAACUAAGUGGCGGGAUGCUUGGUCCCGCCACGGCCGCCUCGUCUUUGACCGGGACUUCUUCUGCUCCCUCAAAACCCCGAGCAGACCCGCUAACAAAGGCGGGUUUGUGGUGAACCUAAUAAACAACAUUCUCAUGCUCCGAGCUGGACCUGUAAAGAAAUUUACGUUGGACGCUUCCUGCUUAUAUCCUAAGCCGCCGCUGCAGUCGGAUGUAGAUCGGUGGUGUCUUUUUCUGUCAAGAAACGGCGUUGAGGAACUUCACCUCUCCAUGCCUCAUGUCCAACCCAAAUAUAAGCUUCCGCCUUCUCUGGUCUCAUGCAAAACCAUUAAGCUUCUGGCGCUUAAGGAUUUCGUUGUCCAUUUGCCGGCGACUGCUCAGUGCAUAUUUCCCGGUAUCACGGCGUUAGAUUUAGACGACGUUGAGUUCCGCGGUAACUUUAACGGACUGGACAGUAACAAUCUUCCGAAGCUUGAGAAGCUGGCCUUCCUCAAUGACUGUGUUGGUGUGGGUAAUUUUAUGGUCAGAGCUCCACGACUUAAGAGUUUGACGGCGUUUGGCUCUCUCAGCGGGGUUACACUCGGAUUACUCAGGCUGCAUUUGACUUCUAUCAAUACCCUCUGCUUGUCUGCUGAUUCGUUUUCUGAUGUUGUUGCGGUGGCCUCUGAAAUCCUCCCGAUCGCGACGAAUCUCCGAGAAAUGAAGUUUCACCACUUCAGUUUUGGUUGCCAGAACCAUCUUACCUUUCUAAUCACCUUGCUUAAGAAGUCCCCGGAGCUACGCGUGUUGGAGAUUAAUGUGGAAGAAAGGAGCUUGAUAAAAUGGAUAUUGAGUGGCGGCGGAAAAGACGCUGAUUCAUCCAUUUUGGAGGGUCCUAGAGAAGGUGGACGCUUUAUUAAAGAUGAUAUGAGAAUGGUUGAGACGGUGAAGAUCAACGGAUUUACAGGAUCCGAAAUUGAAUUGAGCUUUCUGAAAUUGGUACUUUCCAAGUCAAAUGUCCUCCAAAAUGUUGUUAUUUGUGAAGCUAAAGACAUCAAUGACUCUUUGGCUUUUGAGGCUCCAAAAAAGCUUUUAAGCUAUCCUCGUGCGUCUCCCAAAGCACAACUUGUCUAUAAGGAGUACAAGUAACCCCCAAUGUUUCACGCUGAAGUCAUUUUGAAACUUUUUGCUAGCCAAGGUAACCUAGGUAUGUCUGUAAUUGAG